ACACACACAAACGCUCACGCUUGCCGAGUUCAAGCUUGCGACCUGUGACUCUGAGCUGAGAGGGCACCUCAAAAAAUGCAAAACCUCCAUUGAAGUCUCAUCCUUCAUCUCCAAACCAAUGUCUCCAGCAAUCCACUGCGUCACUCAAAACUUCUCAGGUUAUGGAACAACAGAUGGAAGAUGUGUCCCCUUCUCAGGAGUUUCUGGAAGAGCAUUCAGUUUGUCCCCUAGCUCUUCUCGUGGCGACUACAAAACCCUUUCACAGAUCAAGAUUAUAUUGCCAAGAUUCACUUCCAGGGGAAUGUAUCCUUUGUGCAAGGCAGGUUCUAGUGGUUAUAGAAGAAACCCGGACUUCUCAAGGCAAAAUAGGCAUGGGUUCUCCAGAAACAGGAACAGGCAAAAUGAAGAGAGAGAUGGCUCUGAAACCCUUGAAGAAUCUGAACUGUUUCCCUCAAAAAAUGGGCCAUUACUUUCUGUUUCCGGUGGCCCAAAGUUCCAAGCAACGGCAACUCCAGGACCAAGAGAAAAGGAGAUUGUUGAAUUGUUCAGAAAGGUCCAGGCUCAACUUCGAGAAAGAGCAGCUGUCAAGGAAGAGAAGAAGACAGAGUUGUCGCAGAGACAAGAUAAGGAAAGCAAGACUGUUGAUUCUCUCCUCAAGCUUCUAAGGAAACACACUACUCAACAAGGGAAACAAAUCAGCAGUGAUGGUAGCAGCAGAGAGUUUGUUUUGGACCAGCAUGAUCAGAAUGGUGCAUUUGAGGAAGAGAAAAGCACGAUCUCCUUGGACUUGAAUAACACUCUGAAGGAUGAGCCCCGGGACAGUGAAUCCCCUCCAUUGAGCAGACCAGUAUCAAAUUUUCAACGUAGGUCUCCGGUACCUCAACUCAAAUUCCAGCAAAAUCAUUCUGAGUCUGUUGCAGAUACACUAUUAGAUGGUAAAAGACAUGGGACUCAUCUUGAACCUGAAAUACAUGAACUCAAGCUUGAAAUUGAGCCUGAACCCAUUUUUUCUAAUGGGGAUGUGUUUGAUGGGUUGUCAGAGGAUGAACCUUCUGACAUUGAUGAAAAUUAUAGUGAGGAUGAUGCAGAAAAACAGAAACCUAUUGUAGACAAGGACUUAAACUCAAUGAAGCUGCCAGAAUUGAGAGCCCUUGCAAAGUCUCGUGGCAUGAAAGGGUUUUCAAAGCUCAAGAAACGCCAGCUCCUCGAGUUGCUGAUUGGGGGCUCAACCUGAUUAUUUGAUUCACAAAGAGCCAGACAAAGAGACCGAUUUUACAUCUUGAGUAAAUCUUGACAUGCAUCUUUUUGUCAUCAUCAUACUUAAUGUUUUUGUCAGUUUAGUUAGAAUUGUCUUUUUGCUGAUAUGCUUCUGAAGAUUUUGUAAUGGUGAAUUUUGCAAGUUCUUAAGCUAUCUUCUGAUUAGGUUUCCUUGAAGGUAAUAGACUCUGUCUGGGUUUUGAUAAACUUUUUUUCUCCUUCACUAU